ACUUCGUUAUUGUCAUUGGUGCGCUUGUUGACGCAAGUAGAUGGUGAUCGGUGGUGCUAAAAUUUCGCAAAAAAACAAUAACAAUAAUGGAAAAUCCCGAAGAAAUACUCCACAGUUUAGAAGAAUUCUCUAAAACCAAGCCCAAGGACAUACCACGUGAACUGGAAGAAUACCUUUGUUUUGUUGCGAAAACAGGAGACCCUGUGUACCAAUGGUCAUCAAUAAAGAGCCUCUUUCGUGAGAAAAUGAUUAAUGUUAUAACUGAAUUCUACGAGACGUGUCCUUCGGUCGAGAUACCCCCUUGUCCAAACGUGGACAUUUUUAAUUACGACGUUAUGAAGAAUUUUAUUUUAGAGAAGUUGGACACUUUUGCAGCGGCCCCCUUUACGUUACAGAGGAUUUGCGAAUUGUUGACGACUCCGAGGAAAGAGUAUAAUAGGAUAGAUAAGUAUAUGAGGGCGCUGGAGAAGAAUAUUCUAGUUGUAAGCACCACUGAACCUGGGGGCCGGAGAAGUACAGAAAACGGCGAGGGGAUUAUGAACGGGUUAGAAUCGGAACAUUUGCCUGAAACUAGCAAUAGCAGUAAUGACAUCAACGUGGAAGAAAUGGAUGAUGCGCCAGCUUGGCCUAGAUUGUUACAAAAUGAAAAUGUUUCAUAUCAGAAUGAGAAUAGCAACAGUAAUGACAUUCAGAGUCCACAAAUUGUACAAGAGACGGUGGUCACUGCAUCAAAAUUACCGGAUGUGGCCUGUAGCUCCUCUCAAGACACUGUAAUAACAUGUAGAAGCUCAGAGGAGCCCUACGUUUCUAUAGAACCUGUGCCAUCAAACACUUGCACAAGAUCAGAUAAUCCAGAUGAGACUGAUGUCUCGGUUACCAUCACUGCCAUACCUGCAGGGGUUCAAAAGAGACGAAACAGUGUCGAACCGGUCGUUUCGUCAGAAACUGAAGAGAUUACCGAGUCUUGUGACCAAUCUGACAAAACCAGCGAACCUCCCAAAGAAUCUGAGAUUAAACAAGAGGAAACAUCUUCGUCGCAGCAAAUUGAAGACGCAGACUCAUCUUCAAGCGCUGAAGACGAUAAAGAAUCAAUUGAAAGUAAGGACGAGAAAAUUCUUGACGAUGCAACCCCACACGAGUUAUCGUCGACUGAAACCGAUCAAACCACAAACGAGGAUGAAGUUGGAACAUCGCAAGAAAAACUUGACGAGAAACCGGACGGAAGCGAAGAAAUAACUGUCGAUACCACGAAGUGUUCAAAUACCUCCCCAACACCACAUGAAGAAACUAAAGAAGACCUCGAAAUUACGUCUUCUGAUAAAAUCGAUGAGGUGCACUCAUCGCAAAGCGAGGCUGAGGCGAAAAUUGAAGUGAUUGAGAAACAUGAAGAAUCUCAAAAUGUUGCUUCUGAAGGAGCGAAAGAGGUGAGUGAAGAGGCGGCGACUCUGAUGGAUGUGGAUGAAUUUAGCGAAAAAGUGGAAGAAGUUGUCAGAGCUGAAGCUACAUCAGACUCACCUUUAUAAUUUAGAUUUUUUCCUUAUUUAACGAUCAAGGCUAAGAAACGCGCCUUCUUAAUUAUUAAGUAUUUAUACAUUGUGUAAUUAUGCAAGCGAAGUUUUUUUAUUUGUGACUAGAAUCUGGUAGGGUCCGUGUUGGACAUUCUGAUUCGUCAACAAAAUUAAUUUUUUUAAAUUUGUAUGUAGAGCAUAGGUAAAUAAAUUUGUACGUAAUAAAGAACUGAAUAAAUGGUUUAUCUACUGAAAA